GAACAUUAUAUUGACAUUAAACACCGUGAGAAUCGCGUUAUUUGACUUUAGAAACACUUUUUUUUUGCGGCCCCUUUAAGAGAUUAAAAAAAACAACCUGUUCUCACCUGACGGUCGCUUUUUUCUUCUUCUGACGCCUGAAAAGGACAAAUACGGAAACAGGAGCCAGAACUGGACCGGCGUCACGGCAGCUCAGACUCGGCUCGGACUCGGCUCAGACGGCGCGGACUCACUGAGACGAGAGCAGGACAAAGGUGAGGAGAACAGGAGUGGAGACCUGGACCAUGAUGGAGGCCAGCACCCUGCAGUGGCCUAGACUCAAAGAAAAUGGUGGAGACCAGACAAGUGUGAGAACAGACUGUGCUUCAGCAAGCUGGACAGAGAAGGAGUUGAAGGCAGGAGGAGGCCAAGAGGAGGAGGAACUGAAGAAGCAGGGAGAACAUGGAGGGAACAACCUGCCAGAGAAAGCAGCUAAGGUUUUCAGUCCCACAGCGACUGUGCUCCACUCACCUCCCUCACAAAGUGAUGCUUUCUGGGAAGUUGAGUCUGAAAAGAGCCCCUUCCAUGGCUUCCCUGCCCCCAGGUGUGGAUGUGGUUGUCCCAGCAGGGACCUCCUGAAGCUGGUAGUGUCUCUGGUCACAUCUGUGAUCUUAUUCCCCUUCCUGGUUUGGGGCGGGUUUGUCUUCUUGCCUUUUGAUGCUCCACUGCUGGAUGGUGCCCCCUUCAGGCUGGUCUACACACUACACUCCUCUGUUUUUGCUACGAUCCCCAUCGUCCUUGGUUGGCUGGUUCUGGGCGUCAGGCGGCUCCGUUUGGAUGUUGUGCGCCCUCUGUUUGAUGAAGAGUUUAGAGAAGCAGAUUGUUGGGAGGUGAAUUUGCACCGACGCUUCGUGACCGACUCCACUUCGCUGUUUGUGAUGUACUUCCUGCAGCUGGUCGUCAUGGCGAUGUACCUGAGCCAGGAGCAGCUGAAACUCGUCCCUCUGCUCACAGUCAUCUUUGCCUUAGGACGGCUGGUUUACUGGGCAGCCGCCGCCUUCGGCAGCAGCAUCCGCGCCUUUGGCUUCGGAAUGUCCUUCCUGCCGAGUGUCACCAUGAUCGUAGCUAACGUGUGCUUCAUUUUCACCGUGGAAACAUCGGGUUCUGUUUUCGAGCUGCAAAUGCCACCUAGUGGCAAACAGCGGUUCUGGGGAUGAGGUUGAAAAGAUUGAUUGGUGCUAAUUGCCAAUUGAUCGUUAAAUUAUUGAUGUGGGUGUUUCAAAUCAAAUGUUUACUUUUUCUACGUAAUCAACAAAAACAAUUAAAGCUGCACGUAUCCCCGCCCACAG